UCCCCGCUGCUGCCGGUCAUACCCCAGCCUCCAUCCACAUCCACAGGCCGGGCUGCCGCUGCCGCCGCCGUCCACAGGAGCCCAGCACCCGCUCCCGGCUCAUCUCCCGGCCCGCGCCCCCCGGCCUGGCCCUGCGCCCCCGUGCCCACUUCUCCUGACCCCUCGGCCGCCACCUCAGAAGGCUGGAGCAGGGACGCCGUCGCUCCGGCCGCCUGCUCCCCUUGGGUCCCCGCGCGAGCCCACGCCAGCCCCCGCGCCCGCCCGCAGCCCUGCCCCUGGACACCGGAUAAGGCCCAGCGCACAGACCCCCGGGUGGACAGCAUGGACCGCGGCACGCUCCCCCCGGUCGUUGCCCUGCUGCUGGCCGUCUGCAGCCUCAGCCCCACAAGUCUUGCAGAAACAGUCCAUUGUGACCUACAGCCCGUGGACCCCAAGGUGACAUAUAUCACAAGCCAGGUUUCUGAGGGCUGUGUGGCUCAGGUCCCCAACGCUACCCUGGAAGUCCACAUUCUCUCACUGGAGUUCUCAAUGGAGGUGUCACAGCUGAACCUGACCAUCCAGAGGUCCAAGGAGAAUGACACUCGGCCCCGAGAGGUGCUCCUGGUCCUCAGCACGAACAAGAAUGUCUUCCUGGGGCUGGAGGCCCUAGGAAUCCCACUCCGCCUGGCCUACGACGCCAAUCUGGUCAUUUUCCAAGAGACCCCAAGAGUUAACAGCACACAGCUGCCAGCCUUCACCACCAUGAACCAGCUCCUCAACUGGGCACAUACAAAGGGCCCCGUUGCCUCUGCCGCCAAGCUGAGUGACCCCCAAAUCAUCCUCCUCCGUCUGGACCCAGACCCGAAAGCACCGUCCUCCUGCAGUCUGGAACAGCGCGUGGACAUGGGCCACACGCUCGAAUGGCGGCCGCUCUCCGGGGCCUCGGUCCGGGGCUGCCGCUUGGAAGGUGUGGCUGGCCACAAGGAGGCGCACAUCCUGAGGGUCCUGCCGGGCCCCGAGGACCGGCCCCGGACAGUGACCGUGCAGGUGGAGCUGAGCUGCGCUUCGGGGGAUCUCGACGCCGUGCUCAUCCUGCAGGGCCCCCCCCAUGUGUCCUGGCUCAUCGACGCCAAUCACAACAUACAGAUCUGGACCACUGGUGAAUACUCCUUCAAGAUCUUUCCAGAGAAGAACAUCCGUGGCUUCGAGCUCCCAAAUACUCCCCAAGGCCUGCUGGAGGAGGCCCGGAGGCUCAACGCCAGCGUCAUAGCGUCCUUUGUGGAGCUCCCUCUGGCCAGCGUCGUCUCUCUGCAGGCCCACAGCUGCGGCGGGGGGCUGCAGACCUCACCCGUGCCGGUCCAGACCACCCCUCCCAAGGAGAGCUGCAACCAGGAGCUGCUCAUGUCCCUGAUCCAGCCCAAGUGCUCUGAUGACAUCAUGACUCUGGUACUCAAGAAAGAUCUCAUCUCGACUCUGAGGUGCACCAUCGUGAGCCUGACCUUCUGGGACCCCAGCUGCCAGGCUGAGGACAGAGAUGACCACUUUGUCUUGCACAGCACCUACUCCAACUGUGGCAUGGAAGUGACGGAAAAUGUGGUCAGUAAUGAGGUGGUCGUCAACCUCCUGUCAAGCUCGUCACCGCAGCGGAAAAAGGUGCACUGCAUCAACAUGGACAGCCUCUCCUUCCAGCUGGGCCUCUACCUCAGCCAGCACUUCCUCCAGGCCUCCAACACCAUCGAGCUGGGCCAGCAGGGCUUUGUGCAGGUGAGCGUGUCCCCACUGAUCCCGGAGCUCAUGUUCCAGCUGGACAAAUGCCAGCUGGAUUUGGGGCCCGACGCAGAGUCCGUGGAACUCAUCCAGAGCCAGGCAGCCAAGGGCAGCUGUGUGAGCCUGCUGCCCCCGAGCCCUGAUGGGGACAUGCGCUUCAGCUUCCUCCUCCGUGGCUACAUGGUGCCCACACCCAAGACUGGCACCCUCAGCUGCACCAUAGCCCUGCGUGCCAGGACUUGGUCCCUGGAAGUCCACAAGACUGUGUCCAUGCACCUGAACAUCGUCAGCCCUGGCAUGCCUGGUAAAACUCUCGUCCUGCCCGCUGUGCUGGGCAUUACCUUUGGCGCCUUCCUCAUUGGGGCCCUGCUCACCGCCGCGCUCUGGUACAUCUACUCGCACACACGUCCCCCCAGCAAGCGGGAGCCCGUGGUGGCGGUGGCUGCUCCGGCCUCCUCAGAGAGCAGUAGCACCAACCACAGCAUCGGGAGCACCCAGAGCACCCCCUGCUCCACCAGCAGCAUGGCGUAGCACCCAGCCCGGAGCCCUGGGGGCCACCCAGUCAGCCCUCGCCCAGCAGGAGAGACUGAGCAGCCACCAGCUGGGAACCACUGGUCAUGAACUCACCCUGGGACCCCAGCCCCUCCACUCGACCAAGGAUGGACCAUGCCCUCUGCAGCCGCCCCUCCUGCCUCCCUCUCAGAGGCCUGCUGCCAGCCGGGGCACCAGCUUGGAACACCUUGGGGUCUCCCCACCCCACCCUACUGAACCUUCAAACCCAGUGGGCCUGGGGUGCGGCUGCCCAGGACCACAGAGAGAGAGACCACUGCCCUGUAUGUCCACAUUGUUGUAGAAACCCAAGUCCCUGUUAUUUUAACCCGGAUCCAGCACUCGGUGACCUGCGCUGGGCGGGAGGUGAGAACUCAAAACAGACUCUGCCCAGCCCACCCAGGCCGACAGCGCCUCCUCCAUGGGAACAGAAGAGGGCCAGCCCGGAGCCACCAGAUCUGGCCCCAGCAGCAUCCACGCUUGGACUGGCACAACUUUGGCAGAGGAAACAGAAACCUAAGGGUGCCCAGCCUGGGAACCAGGGAGCCUAGCACCUUCCUACUACUGCCACAUGGAGACCCCCGCCCUCCUGUGCUAUCAGGAAGGCAGCGGAUGGGGAGCAGCCAGGCUGCCUGUCCUGGGCCCACCUCUAUAUACUCACCACCAAUAAAUCAGACCAUGAAACCA